CACCAGCCGGUGACUCUUCAGGGGCCGCGCUCACAGGCCCUGCCGCUCUGGGGAUGGAGGGGACGGAGGGGAUGGAGAGGACCGAGAGGACGGAGAGGAGGGCUCGGAGCUCCUCCAGAGAGGCCCACGGGAGAGGCGGCAGGGCCCCCCACAAGGAGAACAAGAGGGCGAAGGCGGAGCGGGGCGGUGGAGGCCGCGGGCGCCGGGAUGCGGGGCGCGAGCCGAGGGACCACGGGCGGGCAGGGAGGCCCGCGGAGCCCCGCGCGCCCGCGGCCACCGUGGUGGACGUGGAUGAGGUCCGGGGCUCCUGCGAGGAGGGCACCGAGGUGGUGGCGCUGCUGGAGAGCGAGCGGCCCGAGGAAGGUACCAAGUCUUCCGGUUUAGGGGCCUGCGAGUGGCUCCUCGUCCUCACAUCCCUGCUCUUCAUCAUCGUGACCUUCCCUUUUUCUAUCUGGUUCUGCAUAAAGGUUGUACAGGAAUAUGAGAGAGUAAUUGUACUCCGACUAGGACACCUGCUUCCUGGAAGAGCCAAAGGCCCUGGCCUUUUCUUCUUCCUGCCCUGCCUGGACACCUACCACAAGGUCGACCUCCGUCUCCAGACCUUGGAGAUACCCUUUCACGAGGUCGUGACCAAAGACAUGUUUAUAAUGGAGAUAGAUGCCAUCUGCUACUACCGAAUAGAAAACGCCUCUCUUCUGCUAAGCAGUCUCGCUCAGGUGUCCAAGGCGGUCCAGUUCCUCGUGCAGACCACCAUGAAGCGCCUGCUGGCACACCGGUCCCUGGCUGAGAUUCUCCUGGAGAGGAAGAGCCUCGCCCAAGAUGUAAAGGUGGCCUUGGACUCAGUGACCUGUAUUUGGGGACUCAAAGUGGAGAGAACAGAAAUUAAGGACGUGAGGCUGCCCGCCGGGCUCCAGCACUCCCUGGCCGUGGAAGCCGAAGCGCAGAGACAGGCCAGGGUGCGGAUGAUCGCUGCGGAAGGGGAGAAGGCUGCCUCCGAGUCCCUGAGGAUGGCGGCCGAGAUUCUAUCGGGCACUCCAGCCGCUGUGCAGCUCCGAUACCUGCACACUCUUCAGUCCUUGUCCACAGAGAAGCCUUCCACCGUGGUCUUACCUCUGCCGUUUGACAUGCUGAAUUUCCUGUCUUCUCCCAGCAGCAGAACUCAAGGAAGCAUCCCCUUCCCUAGUCCUUCCAAACCAGUUGAACCACUGAAUCCUAAAAAGAAAGACUCCCCCAUGUUAUAGGAGGCGCAAAGGACAAUGAGAAUGUGCAGGGGCCUGCCACCUAACAGCCACGUCCCUCGGUGUUCUCACAUCCCUCCCUUCCUUCCGUCUCCAGGUAGAACAUCCUUGGAAUGUAUGAUGCCGUCAUGCAUGAGAAGACUGUGAAAUCAUGUCAUGUAGGAGAAGCCAUAUAACAAGUUUAGGUGGACCAUCUAAUCAAACUACUUAUGGGAAAGAGCUUUAGCCAACAUGCUACUUUGGAAAGGAUUUUGAGUCUAUAUACGGCUAGAUGUAGACUUCUGAAGAUGCAGUUCAAAGGUCCUCGGUGCUGUAAGCCCUCCGGCCCAUUGGUAAGGUCUUUCCUGCUCCCAGGCCCUUUUGACAGGCCCGUCAUUGUGCUUAUCACACGGGAAUGUGUAAUCCUGUACUUAAGAUGCAGGCUUCUCUCCCUCUUUACUGGGAACUCAGAGGUACAUCUUAGGCAUUUUCUCCAACUGCACACUCAACCUCAUACACUCCGUCGUCCCAAAGCCUCACACCUAAUCCUGAUACCUGCACCGUAGUCACAUUUACAUGUUCCUGAGUGAGUCAAAGUAAGAGAGAUGUACUUGGGCUGAAUAUAAAGAAAUAAUUUAAAAGGAGUUUCUUUUAUGGAGACUCCUUUAUUAAUAGAGAAAUAAAAGGACAAAACCAUUUAUCUGAUACAUGUUGCUUAAAAUCUGAGGAAGCAGCACUACAAAAAUAGGGCUGAUGUAUUUUCAGUAUAGAAUUGACUAGCUGGCUUGUUUUUCAAACAGUAAUAACACUAUGUGAUCUAUACAUACCCUUAAGUAUUCUUUUCUUAUAUAUCAUAGAUAUUCCCUGAUACGAAUAUAUUUUGAUAAUAUAAUUGGUCUCAUUUUCCAUUAACUUGCCUUAGGCAAUUAGAAACAUAUAUCAUUGAGCACGGGCCUGCGAAGCAGACAAUCGCGGUUCGAUUCCCAGUCAGGGCACAUUCCUGGGUUGCAGGCCAGUUCCCUGCAGGCCAAUUCCCAGCAGGGGACGCACGAAAAGCAACCAUACAUUGAUGUUUCUCUCCCUCUCUCCUUCCCUUUCCCUCUAAAAGAUAAAUAAAUAAAAUCUUAAAAAAAAAAAAAGAAA